AUGUCCUCCGCCGUCCUUGAUAAAGUGCAUAUCGUUACCGGCAGUGCUUCUGGUAUGGGCCUUGCCACGGCACAGACUCUGCUCCAGCGGGGUGCCAAAAUAGCAGCAUGCGACAUCAAUGAAAAGAACCUUGAGGAAUUUUACAAUAGCCUCGAGACAGCCAAGAAAAAGGUCACGUUGACAGGCUCGGUGGACCUGAGGAAUAAGGGUGACCUUCGGGAAUUCGCUCAGCAGGCAAGGUCUCGUUUUGGAAGUCUACAUAGUGUAGCCAAUUUUGCAGGCACAGGAGACCAUGAGUUCGGAACAGAAUCGGUUUGGGAGACAGGUGAUGACGCGUGUGAGUUGAUCAUGGACAUGAACCUUAAAAAGAUAUUUAAAUCCCUCUCGGUGGUGUUGUCCCCUGGGUUUUUGGAGCCUGGUGCAAACGUGGUCCAUACGUUUUUCUAG